AUGGCUGUCUCUUUGUACCUACUGUUUUGUUUACCUUUCGUCUUCAUGGCUUUCCUCUUCUUCUUCUACCUCUACGUAGUUUCAAGAACAACUAGUAGGGACCACCCUUCUCGGCCUGUUAAAUCCGCCCAGAAAGACGGACUCUCUGAUGUGCAGCUUGAAAAACUCCCUAAGUUCACUGGAAAAGAUUUGAGUUCUGGCAAUGAUUGUGCAAUUUGCUUGGAUGUGAUUGAAAAUGAGGAACUUGCAAGGUUGGUUCCUGGUUGCAACCAUGGAUUCCACCUAGAAUGUCUUGAUCUUUGGCUGUCCAAGCAGCCAUUUUGUCCUGUUUGUAGACACAAGAUUCAGCCUGAGUUGUUCAGUUAUGAUGAAAGUAAUUCAGUAUCUGUGCUGGUAGAAGAUAGCAGUAUAGCUGAG